AUGCCUAUCCGUGCUCUUCAUGAGCCUCAGCGCGGCCACGAUCCCGGCCGCGCCGGCGGCCAUUCCGCCCGCCCAAAAGAUGGCCGGCUUGAACGCCUUCAUGCCCGCGUCCUGUCCGCCAUAAGCCGCGAGGAGGUAUCCCGCAAUCGGCGCGCCCAUGAGGUAUCCGCCCGCCCAGCCGGUGACGAUCAUGCCGAAGGCGGUGCCCAUGCGGUAGCUUCCCAGCACGUGGCCCGUGACGGUGGGCAUGAUGGAGAAGAAGGCGCCGUUGCCCGCGCCGUUCAACAGCACAAACGCAACGAGCGAGCCGAGGUUCGUCGACUGGGGCCAGAGAGCCAGCAGCGUCAGAGCGGUGAGGCAGAGGGAGAGGAAGAGCGCAUUCAGAGGCCCCGUCAGGCGGUCGGAGAGGAUACCAGUGCCGAUACGGCUGAAGGCGCUGCUGAAGUUGAACAGGGCGACAAGCAGCGCACCCGCCGACGCGGACAUGCCCGCGCUCUGAGCGUAGAGCGGGAGGAAGAAGGGCGGGACGAAGAGUGGGAACGUGGCAAUAGCGCCGGCCGCGAAGAGGAGGACGAAUUCCCACGACUUGAGCAGAGACCUUGUCGUCAGCGAGGCCACAGGCCGAGCUCUGGGUUCGUAGAGGACCUACCAGUCAAUGAGCACCUUGCGCUGCGUGCUCUGUCUCUCCCUCAUAAACCACGCGGCGGGGGUGCAGCAUGCCGCCAUCAGAAGCCCGAGCAGACGGAACGUCCACUCGACGCCCAGGUUCCUUACUCCAGCCUCCAUGGCGAGACUGAGCACUGCGCCGCCAAUCCCCCCGCCCGCGUAGAUCAGCCCAAUCGCCGUACCCCGUUUCCGGGCAAAGUACUGCGCCGGCACGACAGACACGACCAUGAACGCGAGACUGACGCCGAUGCCCAUCAUAACGCCGGCCGUGACGAAGAGGCCGCCGACGUUGUUCGUCGUAAAGCUCGCGAGUAUUUGAGAGAGGGAGAGGAACGCCGUGCCGAUCAGGGCCAUGGGGCGGGCGCCGAUGGAGCGGAGCAGACGCGCAUUCACGAUGCCGAGCAGGGAGAGACUGGCCACGGCCAGCGAGCCUAUGAAGGCGAGUGUGGAGGCGGGGGCGAGAUGUCGGUCCACGAGCGCGGAUUGGAUCACGCCCCAACUCCGACAGUGAGCCAGGCCUCAAACCCGCCGUCGGGGGGUGGGAGUUCCUCCACUCGCACCACUUCUUCUGUGGAAGUGGGAGCAUCGGCGACCGUAGAGUCCGGUGCUGAGGGGAGGGAGGGCAAGGGCGCCACCGAAGAGGCUACGCCGACGGACUCGGGUUCCGCGACUGGGGUGGGUGGUGGCUUCGAGCGGUCGGCCAGCUCCACCACGUCCAUCUCAACGGCUAGGUGGACCCGCUUGGGGUCCGAGGAGGACUCGGCCUCGAGCGCUGUUGCGCGCAGCAUUGUCUUCUUCCUGCCCGCUUGGGUAGGUUGUGUACUCCGUGAGUCGGUGUAUGAUCGCCGUUCGGGCGCUCUCGUUCCUGUCCGAUCUCCGUUCUGA